CCACCAACGCCGAAAAAAAAAAUGAGCCUCCCCGCGCGCGUAUCCGAAGCAACAGACAUCCUCCAAGACCCCUCCAAGUCCGCCCUCCCGCGCUACGCCGCGUACCGCCGCGCCCGCGCCCGCUUCUGGGAGGCCUUUCCUGACGGAGUGUACGCGCGCCUGCCUACACCAGGCACGAACCUUGAGUGCGGCUUCUAUGCGCUAAUUCUGUCCAUGCGGCACCAGCUGCCGGCGGGGAGCCGGAUUGCCACGAUGGAGGAGCUGAGGGCUGUUUUUGGCGGGGUUGAGGUUAGCGAGGAGGGGGGGAGUGUUGGUGUGGAUUUGGGGAAUCUUAAUUCCAAUUUUCGUUCGAAUGGGUAUCGGACUGGGACGGCGGCGGCAGGCUGGUUCACUGCGGAUCAGCUGGCGGCUGCGUUUGCUGCGUGGGGAAGGCGGUAUCUGAAUCCGGAUGGCCCUGGGCAACGGCACGGGCAGGGGCAAGGUAGGGUGAGGUGUCAGCUUGGGUGGGUCAUGGAUCGGGAUGAGAACGAGGGCGAGGAGGGGUGGCCGGUUAUGAUGAACACGCCUGAGGUCGAUACAGCUGAGGUUGGCGAGGGGAUCGUGCGGGUGUGGGUGUGGAAUGACGGGGCUUCGUUAAGAGGUGGGGUGGGACAUUUCGAGGGUGUCAGGAGGCCGACGGAAGGGGAGAUGGAGGGGAUGGAGUGA